UCAGUCUAGUGUCGGUCUCAGUCCGGUCCCAGUCAUGUCCUGCCGUGCUUCAUAGUGGUAACGUGUAGCAAGGAAUCUUAUGGCCGAUAAGCAUUAAAAUAAACUACAGAGUGUAGUGGGUAGGAGGACCAAAGAGAGUACCCCACUGGGAGCUAUCUUUGUCCGAAAGAAAUAUAUAUGCGAGAAGAUAUCACGGAACUCUCUCAAUUCAACCCUUAGUUGGAUCGGUCUGUUAUCCUCCACCCACAAAUAGGGUCUGGUUUCUUCUUCGCAUAGUAUGUAUGGAAUAACAUGUUUUGUACAUAUUUUCAUAUUGUGUGUGGGCAUCGAAGGGUGGUGGCUGCCAUGUCUUAUUUAAAUCACGACACAGCUUCGUCCUGAAAGGAAUGUAGCAGCGCGUAGCAGUGAAGAAGUAGUGAAUCCCGGAUACUCUAUCGCUCGGUGUGUUUCUAUAUCUCUUUGAUAAUAAUUCAGACAGAUCCUGACUCAAGGAUAACACUAGAAACAAUGGUAUAAGGCAUCUUCAAAGUGGAAGGCGGUAAAACAAAGAUGUGAAGCGACAUUGCUAGGAAACGAAAGUGGAAAUAACCAGGACAUAAUGGGAAUCCCAUUGUGAGCCUCGACUGAGAAACGCGCUCCAGGAGGCGAAAUAGAUUGGCGAGUGGACUACGACGUUCAGUUUCAGUUUUCGUAAUAGCAUCAGAAAAAUAAUCAUCAUCUCCAACAAUACGGGGAUUAUUUUCUCUAUUGAUAUAGUGAUGUGGUUGAUUCCUUUUGUGCCAUUGUCGGUCCUUAGAUGAUACUUUUUGUGCUCAGUGCUUUCCCCAUUGCAACUCACUGUGGUGAUGCUAAUCUGUGGCCCGGAGAUUAAACAAAGCCGGCUCACAAAAGUGGUGAUGACAACAAGAGGAAACAGUUUUUCUUUGAUUGUGGUUUCCAGGAAAAUGGAGCGCAAUUUCAGCAGGAAUGAUGUGCUCCUAAUUUAAAUAGUCGGCCAUCGAGAUUAUUCGUAUUGUGCUGGGGUGUAAUAUGAUCCUUGGUAUCCUGUGUCGUCUAAGUAAGAUGGAAACCUGGGAGCAAAUUGGCAAAUUAUAAAGAAGUGUCGGAUUACGUGAUAGUCGGUGUUUGCACGUACGCAUUAUAAAUGCUUGAGUUAAUUGCCUUUUAGGGUGGAACACAAUCAGGAUUUGUGAUUUUAGGGAAUGGAGAAUUAAGUUAUCUACUAUGACGCCAAUUUGGAUACUUCGUUUUUUCGUUCAACUAGUGGCAGGGGUGAUCGUUGGAUCGGAUAAAAUACCAACAAUGGGAGAAAAUCUAACAGUUUUCUCACAAAGCAUCAGCAUCGAAGGUGGCACCUACAUUAACAAUUUUCUCAAUAACUCCAACUCAGUCCCAGAACUCAUAGAAUACUAUGAACUUGUUGAGGACCUUUCCACCCCAAACUCACCGCAAUCCGAUCUGAUUUACCCAGAUCCUGAAGAAGUUAAUAAAAAAAUCAAAAUAUUGAAUAGUAAUCGGAUUAUACAGCAAUCCGCGGAGACGAUUAGUAGCAAAGAAAUGGAUUCGAAGGAUGUCGACUUCAAGGGACGCGACCUAAUUGAUAAUAUUAUGUAUAUUUAUUAUGGAUCAAACACGACAUUGAAGAAUAGUUUGGGGAGUAGCAUUGUUAUUGGGGGUUCGGUUCUAGCCUUAGCUGCACAGAUUCUAUGUUCGAUUUUGAUGGUGUUGAGGAAUCGACGACUCCGACGACAGAACGCCCUGUUCUCGAUAUUCCUCAAUUUCGUCCUUAUUCUGUUGAUGUCUAAUCUGAUUUUCGUGGUUGGUGUUCAGGCAACAAAAAGUGAAUUCCGUUGCGGCAUGAUAGCGAUACUCUUGCACUAUUGUCAUCUGAGCACGGCCGUAUGGGGUCUAAUUUAUAUCUACAUAAUCUACGACUACAUCGUCAACGAUUGUGGGAUCAACUUAAAGUACAACUACUUUAUGGCAUAUGGUGCUCCAGCUAUUUAUGUGCUCUUUUCAUGUGCAAUUUCCAGUACAAGUUACGAAAUUGUUGAAUAUUGUUGGAUGUCCGUUCAACGUGGGAUGAUUGUAAAUUUUAUGAUUCCAGUAUCAGGAAUAAUAGUUGCAUCGACAAUUCUAGGAACGCUUUGCCUCCGUGAAAUCGCGAAUAAGCAAAGGGAAGUGAUCGCUGAGAGUAUUGAAAAUAUAUUGGAAAAUGCUGCCAAAUGCCAUGAAAUCAACGUGGGAAGUGUAAUCGAGACGGAUAAAUGCUGUGAGAUGGAUGAUAAGUCCAUUGAUGUUUACAGAAAAGGAGAUUUCUAUGAUUCUAAGUUUGAUUUGGGAGUACUGUCUAUAGUGGACCUAUCACUACAGAGUUCGGCUGAUGUGCAGGACUUCACGGACUUUAAGCGAGCCGUUAAAUUCUGGCUGUUCUUCCAACCAACCUUUGCAGUCUGUUGGUUUUUUGGAGCCGUGGCGCUUGAGAAUCGACAAUCUUGCGUGAUGCCAAUCAUUUUUGUUGUUUCCUAUAAUGUGAUGAAUUGGUACCUUCUAAUACGAUCACCUUAUAUAUGUCCGAUCGUCCAGGAUCAACAUCAAACGGAGAAGUUCCAAACGAACGAAUUAAAUAAUGAGGAACCUAAUCAACCCUCAGCUUGCACUGAUACAAUCCCACUAUUAUGUGCUCCAAAUACUCUCCAAAAUGGUCAAAAAUCUGUUGUAGUGGAAGAUGCAAUGAAUGAUGCCAAUAUAUCCGUUAGUGGUAUUAGCGGAGGAAUGGUGGCCGCUUCCAUAGCGAGUUGGACAGGCGACUCUAUGGGUGAUGUUUCGGUUAACUUGGACUCAAUCAGUACCAUCAGCAACUGAAUCUGCUAAACUGUUGGUCAAGCUUGAAUAUAAUCAAUCAAAAACCAAAGAUAACGAAUCUUAAAUAUAGAUACGGACAUAUAGAUGCAUUUACCAACUGUAGAUUUUUAGAGUUAAAGGUUUGCAUGGAAUCCAGACAAAAUAUUUUAUAAGAGCAUUACCAAAAAUGAAACAAUGAAAUUAUGAAAAUUAUGUGAUUUGAAAGAAAGAAAAUUAGAAAUUAAUAGAAAAUUUUGUGUAAGAUAAAAAUUGAAAUGUAUAUUUACAAUACUUUUGUUGGAACGAGCAUCCAUGUGAUUAUUAUUAGUUAAAUUAUAGAGAAACCCAUAUUAUAGAUGCGAUAUUGCUUUUGGCAUGGUACAAAAUAUUAGCAAUUCCACCAAAUUUUUCGGUUUCAACUAAACCCAAAUGGAACAAAAUUCGAUUAGAUUUAGAAUGGAUUAAAACCUUUAGAAUGUCCGGUAAGGCCUCGUACCCUUACAUUUUAGAAAAUGACCAAGUAGGUCCACCUUCCCAAAUAUAUUUUUUAUUUUUAAAUAAUUUUAAAAAUUUAAAUUUAAAGAUAAAUCUAAAUGUCAAUCAAAUGAGAACCUUUUAUAUAUCCAAAUGCUCUAUUCAACAAAAAUAUUGAUAUAAAUACUCAAAUAUGAAGCAAUAGAUCAACAAAUCCAUUGGGAAUUGAGGGCUACGAGAAAGUAUUUUCCAAAUCAAAAUCAUUUCCAAAACAAUAUUUUCGAGUAGCUUUCAACUUUCUACGGAAUCAAAUCAAAGAUUAAAUGAAAUUUAAUUUUUUUUUUGCUGAAUAUUUAUCAAUUUUAAUUGUUACAAUUCAUUUUAGCAUUAUCUGGAAUUUAUUAUUUAAAAUCUUUAAAAUUGAAUAAUUAUCAGAUUUAUUGGAAAUUAAUUGUUAAUUGUUUUAGUGAAAAUUUAUAAUAUUAAAUUAUUUAAAAAAAAAGAUUUAUAAAUAUUAAAUUAUUUCCAAAUUAAUUAACACACGCCUUAUGGAUAAUAUUUUCAUAGAAGGAAAAGUAAAUAAUAUAUAUAUAUAUAUAUAGUAAGUUUAAAGACAUAUGAUAGGGAAAUUUUUGAAAAGAAAAGAAUAAUUGAUCAACUUAUUAACUACAAAAAUUAUUCUCACAAGGAUAAAAUAAAGUUUUCAUGAGAUAUUAUUGAGGAAAGUUAUUAGCAUUGAAAC